UUUGUCUUUAUUUAUAAACUCUCGAAAUAUAAGAGUCACACUAUAAACAACAUGAUCAUAUUUUAUUUAAUCUCAAAAGAAGGAAUUAAUUAGACACUCUUUUAGACUUUCUAUAUAAAGAGUCCAACUUCUCCUCCAUUUCAUCCAUGUCCACCACAUAUCUGCAUUCCAACCAUAUGGCAAAACUCAACACUUUCUUGCUACUUCUCUCCUUCCUCCUUUGCACCUUCUGCAGGGAAGGCUCCACCACUGGCACUGCGAGGCCUUCUGGGAACGCUGGUUUCAUCAAGGCCUCUUGCAGUGCCACCCUCUACCCUGACUUGUGCGUCCAGUCCCUCUCGGGAUAUGCCAGCGCCGUUCAGCAGAGCGAGAAGCGAUUGGCACUGGCUGCCCUAUCGGUGAGCCUAGCCAGGGCACGCUCUGCUACGGCGUUCGUGACCAACAUGGCUAAAGCCAAGGGCCUGAAGGCCAGAGAGUACCAAGCGGUGAAAGACUGCAUGGACACCAUGGAUGAUAGUGUUGACAGGCUGAGUCAAUCGGUUCGGGAGCUAGGACGCGUUGGGGGAGGUCGCGCUAGUCAGAACUUCAUGUGGCACAUGAGCAAUGUGCAGACUUGGGUGAGUGCAGCGCUCACCGAUGACACCACCUGCGUCGAUGGCUUGGCCUUUUAUGGCAUGAACCAGCGUGUGAAGGCUGCCAUUAAAGGCAAAGUUAGCAAUGUUGCCCAAGUCACUAGUAACGCGCUUGCGCUGGUUAAUCGAUUUGCAGAGAGGCACCGAUCUGCAGCAGCCAGGACUGAAAAGCCUUAGUUUUUCUGAUUUAGUAUUGGAGUUUUGUCUUGCUGGUUAAUUAUUAUGUGUUAAGGCUAUACUAGUGUCUUUAGGUAUACAAGGUCUGUACCGGGUUUUUGUUCGGUAGGAAAAAAGAAAAGUUGGGGCUGGCUGCAAAAUGUUUAUAUUUGUUUUGAUCUCUGGUCAAGAGGCUGGUAUCUUAUUUUGGUUGAUGUAACGCUUUCUUCCUUGUGUAUUUGUAUAAUACUAUCAAAUAAAAUCAGUUUUGCUUUUCAUGAAA